CAUUUGGUCGACGAGAGGCUUCGAUCCAGUGAGCCCAUUUUCCAGAAAGCUUAGCCGAUUCCGAAAACGACAUUGGCUUUAGAAAAAGAACAAAGCUGAAUCAGCCCCCGACAUAAUUAUUGGAUCUCAAAGCACUUUGAAGAAGGUAAAUCCCAUUUGUUCAGUUUCUGAUUUGAUUGAAUUUUUUUUUUUUUUCAUUUUAGGCGUGUGUUGAAAUCCCUUCUUCCAGUUUCGCCGUUCUGGAUUUGGAGAGGAUUUAACUAGGUCCAUGCUUGUCAUGCAGCAGGAAAAAGGAGAGGCUUAAUAUACAGUGAUUACAAAACUCACAGUCUCUUCUGUGUAUUUUCGAACAAGGAGAUGAUGCGGUUCAAAGAGGAGAAAGAAGCCAAGAAAGAAGCUUUCAGGAAGUAUUUAGAGUCCAGUGGCGUUCUUGAUUCUCUCACUAAAGUUCUGGUUGCUUUGUAUGAGAAGAAUGAUAAGCCUUCCUCUGCUCUAGAAUUCAUUCAACAAAAGCUAGGUGGUCCUUCAAUCUCUGAGUAUGAGAAGCUUCAAGCUGAGAAGUCUGAUCUUCAAAUAAAGUACAAUGAGCUUUUGGCUAAACAUCAGGAAACCCUGAGAGAGUUAGAUGGAGUAAAGAGCCUGCGUUCAAGAAGCUCUUCAAAAGAUGAUGCAGAAAGAGAGGCCACUGAAGACGAACACACGAACCUUGUGACUCAUCCGCACCAAUAAAUUGUCGUUAUGUAUAUGUAAUUCCCACUGCCACAUUUUCUAUCUCCAUUAGUGUUAUUCUGGGGUGUCAUUUUGGUUUCCUAUACGCAUUUAAGGCAGCAAAAGAAGAACAAUCAAAAACAAAAUAAAACUAUGCAUAGAGUUUAUCAGUUCAAAGAUCUGGCUACAAUAAAGUAUUUUCAA